GCCAGCUGGGUUGCCAUAUAGCGAGGCGUAUUUAUUUGUAAACAGACAAGGAAGUGCCGUCGGAACUUAGCUGUAGUAGGAUCAUUGUGAGGCAAGUGGUUGUGCCUGUCUGUAUCGUCAGCAGACAAGUUUGACAAGACAGAAUCUUACCAUUCAUCACCAUGGCAGAUGGCCAGGAAAAUCAAACUCCAAGGCAACCAAGGAAUUUGCAGGGACUUCUGAAUUUUUGUACAGAAAUAACUGCAAGAGAAGAUACAACACAACCAACGAAUUUCCAGCAGCUAGACCCAGAGCGACGCAGAUUCUUAGAAGAGGCCUUAAACUCACUAACAGUAAAUGUUGCUAAGAAGAUGGCAGAGAGUGUCAAGACCUUAUGUAGUGAAGCUGUAACGAUGAGUGGUGAGGAUGUAACAGAACAGGAAGAGGCAAUGGCAGUGAUUGAGGAAUACGUGGAUGACAUGGAUCAUGCUAUUGACUUGUAUAAGAUGGGAGGCUUUCCAGUGCUGUUGCGAUGCUUGGACUCUCCUCACCCAUCACUGCGAGCAGGGGCUGCUGGACUGAUUGGAGAUGUUUGCCAGAAUAACCUGCAAUGUCAACAGAACAUGCUUGCACUAAAUGUUAUUCCUCAGUUGCUCCAAGUGAUUGAUGGGGAUGAGGAUGUCACAUCAAGAGUGAAGGCAAUGUAUGCUUUGUCAUGCUUAAUACGUGAUUUCCCAGAGGGGGAGAAAGAGUUUGUGAAGACCGAAGGCUUCUCGUACCUGAUGCGUGCAAUGCAGUCUGGAAUUGAGAAACUUGUGAUAAAGUCUGCAUUUCUUCUCAGCAGACUUAUUCAAGAUAAUGAUUCAUACAAAGGGGAGUUAUUAUCUAUGGGUUAUGUGGAGCAGUUAUUCACUCUACUGAGCAGUGAGAAAACAGGCAGUGUUUCCAGGGAACAUUGCACAGCAGCUCUGCUUGGUCUUGCUUCAUCCUACCCACCAGCCUUGGCAGAGUGCAUGAGACCUGAAUUACAUUUGAAAAAACAUCUAACAGCAAGACUAAGGGAAAUUAAAGCUAAACAGGAAUCAUUGGAGGAAGAGAGCUACAUCAUGGAGCUGCUAAAGCUGAUGGAAGAAUCUGAGGUUGAAGGAGAGGAAAACACAUUCAGAUAGCUCUAUUUAGCUCACCUAUAAAACAUUAUCUUCAUCCUCAUUACAGGCAUCCACAUUACCAGAAGAUGCUUCUUGCCAAGAAACCAGCUUGUAGUUCAUUAGUUGGUGUCCAGCAGUUUCACAGUAGUGGUUCUGUGUUGCCUAACACAAUUUUAUUUGCAUAUUUGUAGCUUGCUUUUGUCAUGAAAUGUCCAAUCUGCAGUCUCACUAAUAGACAGUCAAGUUGUUCAUUAUAAAUGUAUAUCAAAUAAAGUAAUGCAUAUACUAUCAACAUAAAGGAAGAUGAUAAGAGUUUAAGUAAAAGAGCAGGCUAAAAAUCUGUAUGUAUGUUCUCAUUUCAUGCUGAAUCUUUUUUUUAUAUAAAAUGUGUUUUUUGUGAAAAUAAACUAUAGCAUAUGAAAAA